AUGAAGCAUGUCAUGGAAAAGAUCUCGACAGAGAGACAUCCUUCAGGGACAGCAGCCAUGAUGCCUCUUGAACUGGGAGGAGUUGCGGACCCUGAGCUCAAGGUGUACGGCACGUGCAACUUGCGUAUUGCUGAUGCCAGUAUCAUGCCCCUGAUUCCAUCAGCCCAUCUACAAGCUAGUGUCUAUGGCAUUGCUGAGAAGGCGGCAGACAUGAUUAAAUCAGCCAAACUGGAUUGCCGUAUUGGAGAACGACUUCCUUUCCCUCCCAGGUCGCGACCAGCCAUUUGA